CGAGAGAGAGAGAGAGAGAGAGAGAGAGAGAGAGAGAGCUGUGCACAGCGCUGAACUUGAGACCGUGUCUCGGUCACGUCUCAUGUGCUUCUCACUUUUCUCAAUUUUACUAUCGAGCAUUUUAAUUUAAUUUCUCGCCCGUAUCCCGAUUUUCUCUCCGAGUUGCGUGAGCGACUGCGCAAUAGAGGAACGCCGAACUGAAUUCAACAUGUCAAUUUUGCCGUUCACUCCGCCGAUCGUGAAGAGGUUGCUGGGCUGGAAGAAGGGAGAGCAGAACGGACAGGAGGAGAAAUGGUGCGAAAAAGCCGUCAAGAGUCUGGUGAAGAAGCUGAAGAAGACGGGACAGCUGGACGAGCUCGAGAAAGCCAUCACAACUCAGAAUAUCAACACCAAGUGUAUCACCAUACCACGAUCACUAGAUGGUCGGUUGCAAGUAUCUCACAGAAAAGGUCUCCCUCAUGUGAUCUACUGUCGUCUUUGGCGCUGGCCUGACCUGCAAUCUCAUCAUGAGCUCAGAGCCAUUGAACUCUGUGAGUUUGCCUUUCACAUGAAAAAGGACGAGGUCUGUGUCAAUCCCUACCAUUACCAGCGAGUCGAGACACCAGUUCUUCCUCCAGUGCUGGUGCCUCGUCACACUGAAAUCCCCAGUGAGUUUCCUCCUCUGGAUGACUACAGUCACUCCAUCCCAGAAAACACCAUUUUCCCUGCCGGCAUUGAACCCCAGAGCAACUACAUACCAGAGACGCCCCCUCCAGGCUACAUCAGUGAGGAUGGAGAGACCAGUGAUCAUCAGAUGAACCGCAGUAUGGACACAGGGUCUCCAAAUCUGUCACCAAACCCUGUUUCUCCUGCCCACAACAAUUUAGAUCUGCAGCCAGUGACGUACUGUGAACCAGCCUUCUGGUGCUCCAUUUCCUACUAUGAGCUGAACCAGAGAGUCGGUGAAACUUUCCAUGCCUCUCAGCCCUCUUUAACAGUAGACGGCUUCACAGACCCGUCCAACUCUGAGCGCUUCUGCCUGGGCCUGCUUUCCAACGUGAAUCGCAACGCUGCUGUGGAGCUGACACGCAGACACAUUGGCCGGGGUGUGCGUUUGUACUACAUUGGAGGUGAGGUGUUUGCAGAGUGUCUAAGUGACAGCGCCAUUUUUGUUCAGAGUCCCAACUGUAACCAACGUUACGGCUGGCACCCCGCCACUGUUUGCAAGAUCCCACCUGGCUGUAAUCUGAAGAUCUUUAAUAACCAGGAGUUUGCAGCUCUUUUAGCCCAGUCUGUGAAUCAGGGCUUUGAGGCCGUGUACCAGCUCACCCGCAUGUGCACCAUUCGCAUGAGCUUCGUGAAGGGCUGGGGAGCCGAGUACAGGCGGCAGACAGUGACUAGCACCCCCUGCUGGAUAGAACUGCACCUGAACGGUCCUCUGCAGUGGCUGGACAAAGUGCUCACUCAGAUGGGCUCCCCCUCCAUCCGCUGCUCCAGUGUGUCAUAGGAAAAACACAUAUACAACAUAUACAGUACAAACCACAAGAUCUGGAAAAAAAGAAAGUUCUUUCAGGAGUGUAAGGCUGAAGACCUUCAUACCCACCAACCAGUUGGGUUCUGCAGACUCACUCAUGUAACCCACGUGUUUGUCUCAUGCUGGAGGAGUGUAUUACAGUUUAUGUAUAUAUAUUCUUUUUUUUAUGUCGUUGUUGUUGUUAGCCAUUUUUAUUGCCAUUAUUGAUAUAAAAUAUUGCCAUUUAUGUUAUAUGUUGUUAUAUAGCAUGUAUAUGCAAGAUCUCUCCUUUCUCCUGUCUUUUAUGAUGCUGUGUUAGGUACAUGUUUACCAUUACAGGUAUAUGAAAGGCUUGAUGAUUUUUUUUCUUUUGACACGAAAAAAAGUGCUUUUUUUUGUAAAGUGGAAAUAUGAAGUUUUUCAAAUAUCAGUUAAACUGUAUUUUUGUUCUUUUUUUUGUCUUAGUCAUAAUAAUGGAAACUUGGUCUAUAAUGUUUUCUAGUACAUAUCAAGAGCUCUAUGCCACUUUUUUUUUUUUAGCAGUGUCUUCAAACAUUGAAAACCCAAGUUAAUCUUUUUCCAUUUCGAGUUAACCCCCACAACGUUGAAUUUCCAUAUCUUGUUCUGCCCUGGGCAGUGAAAUGUACAUUAACUAUUCACAAAGAAAAUACACACACUGCUCAGCAAUUCACCUUUUUUAAAAUUCACUACACAGAAUACUAUGUAACAAACUUCGUAACAGAUUAUUAUGUAACGCUUGUGAAAGUGUUAUCUGAGCUUCACAAUAUCUCUUUUAUGUUAAGUUGAAAUGUUAGGGUCUCAUUGCACAGAUGCUGAGAGCCUGAUCCUCAUCCUACAGCACUUUUCCAGUCGUAGUGUUUUUCAUCUCUCAUCAAGCUAAACAUGUAUGUGGACAUUAUUUGAGGGGGUUAUAACUGUGCCAGCAUUCCUCUGUGAGCGUUUUGUAGGAUCUGGUCUAGUGUUGAUGUCAUCUCUGUCUGCAGUGAACCGGCUGUCUGCUCUGUGUGAAUGAAUAGGAUUCAUCACUCUUAUAACAAUGUGUUGUGUCGCGCUUUCAUUGUUAUUCGCUCUGUGUCUUUAGUGAGUUCAAGGUCUGGUGAGGUCUCUCAAUUGUCAGCUUCAGAGAAAAAGUUUUCUCUGUGUGUGUUGUGGUAGAUUUUCAAAACUGGGCAUUACAUCAUUUUGUGCACUAAGAAGUUGGCACUUCAUAUCUCACAGUAGCGGUUGUGUCUGUGCAUACUUUAUGCACACACACACCUGCGGGUCUUCAUGUCCUCUCAUCCUCCAGAAACAAAACUGAGUGAGUGUGCCUUCGCAGCAACUUUCAUAUUCACAGAGUUUGUAAAUAGUAUAUUGGAGACAGGCAUUCAUCCUUAUUGUUGAGUAAGUGAGUUGUGGGUUGAUCUUUUCUCAGCUGAACUUGUAAAUAUGUUUAAUAUAUUAAUUAUGCAUGCUUAUUUUCUGAAAUUCAUGCCAUUUGUACUGUAGACUCUAUUUUGCUACCAAAUAUUUUUUCAGAAGUGGGACGGGAAAGUAAAUGCUCUUACCUCUGUGUUUGAAAGGUGAGGCUUGUACUGCUGGCAGGUUUUUGUAAGGUUAACCAUGUAUUUUUAUACGUCAGAUGCUCAUAGGAUAUGGAGAAGGGCCUGAAGAAGGGAAAUGUCACAGUGGGCUUUGUGAAAGCCAGAUCACGUACAGUACUUUCAGUUCGCCGCAGGUCAGUGUGACGCGCUUGCAAUGAGGAGCUGUUGCAUGCCUUUUAAAAUCCUUUGAUCUCCCAAAUGUGUUGAACUGGAAUCAUGGAAGAAAGUAUAGCAUUUAGGUGCAUUAUGUACUUGGAAGACAGUAGAAAAUAUGUGUGACAUCUGUGUGUGCGGAAAUGUUCACAAGUACUGUUGGGUGAUUUAGAUGCUCUACUUUGAUAAAGUCAGAGUGUAAUUGUGUUGAAUAGGAUUCCUUAAAACGCAUUUAAACCUCUUGAUGUCAUCCAGAAAAAGACUAAAUAAAAGGUACUGAAAUUAUUCAGGAAAUGAUUUAUUGUCCAUUUAAGCAGACAUUAAGUGUUUUCUUUAAAAGGAAAAAAAAAAUAUCUGAUCUCAUUUUCUCAACAAAUUGUUGAAUACAUUUUAAGUAAUGUGCAUUUAUUGUGCUUGUGUUAAUCUUUCACAUUCAGUGACGUUGUGGCUUAGUGGUGAUUGUUGUGCUUGACAUUGUUAAAUUUCUUCUUUGUACAAGUAUAUAAUCGUUAUUUUUUCUCUCCAUUUUUAAAGUUUGUCAAGAGAAAAAAGUGUUUGUUGUUGUACUUUUAAUAAAUAUGUAAAUGAAAAA